AGAUGUAAAGGAUGAAGAGGUGGCCAUUGGUGGCUGUCAGCUCCAGGAAGUAUUUCUUAAGAAACUUGCUCAAGAGAAUCUUCCUCAAUUCUGUUUUAGUUAUAGGUUGUUUAUCUAUAAAAGCUAUUCAUUAAUCUUAUGUACUGGCAAGGGUGUGGUUCAGAGAUACGGAACUGAGAGAAUUGUACCUUUUUGAGCAGUUACUCUUGAAAAAAAAAAGUUAGUGGGAAUGAUUCUAGGACAUACCCAGUUAGGAAGCAAUAAGAGGCAGGCAGGCACAACUGGUUUGCCAGGUUUUCUAACCUUCUGCUGAGUGGAAAACCACUUGUUUGUGGAAAAUGUCUAAAAUGAAGAACCCCCAGACUUUUGAGGAGCAAACAGAAUGUGUCAUGAAUGCUCUACUCACAGAUCUUUUGACCCCAACAUUACAGGUUGCUAGCCGGAAUCUACUGGAUUCAGAUGAACCAUACUCAGGAGAGGCCUGCUCUUUUGAUGUGUCUAUUAUUGCUGGUCGCCUUCGAAUGCUGGGUGACCAGUUCAAUGGAGAUCUGGAAGCUUCUGCCAAUAACGUCAUUGCAGAAACCAUUCAAGGACAGGCAGGAACUGUUCUCAGGGAUGUAGUCCAGUCUCUCAGCAUGGCCUGGUGUACUCAAGACCCCACCCUAGCUUUUGAAAGAGCCUUUCUGGCAGUGUCAGUGAAACUUCUUGAAUAUGUGGUCCGUAAGGCUCCUGAAACGGCAAGACAGGUGGCUAGCUGCAUGACAGGCAUGAUCAAUGGGAAUACAGCCAUCCGAGAAUUUAUCCAGGACCAGGGAGGAUGGGAGAACCUGGAGAGCUGAAGAAGAGGACUUGUCCCCACACUGAGCAUCAGUGCCUCUGAUGUCUGACAAUUAAAACAUGACAACUUACCUGUGUUACAUUUUUACUGAUUGCUGACUUUGGGAGCAGCCCUAGCCACAUACAGUGACAUUAUACUUUCUGUUCUUACCUGAGUUUUAAUAAGUGUUUGUUGAAACAAAGACCUCCUGAAUAAGUAAUUUCGUACUAGUGAAAUUUCAAGCAUGUAGGCAGACCUUUGCUGGUGAUCUUGUGAAGGAGACAGCACAUCAUAAACUUUUUCUUAGGUUUAGCCAUGUCUUUUGUUGAGAAUUUUGUCUCUAGUGAUUUUGGAUGUCAGUUUUUAGUUAAAAAUCUUAUUUCUUCGA